AUGUCGCCCAACGGCCAAGCCUUUCUUUUGAAUCCCGCUGCGCCUGAAGGCCCUACGAAAUUUCCACAGGCCCGAACGAUCCCCAGUGGAAGCCGAACCAUCUACAUCUCUGGCAUUGCGAGCGUGCUCCCGGACGGUAGCGUUGCUGGUGUCGAGCACGAUAAAACUCCCGACGUCAAGAUCCAGACACGAACAAUCCUCAGCACCAUAGACCAGAUCAUCGCAGGCGCUUCGGGAGGCAAAGGAGGCGUGCACAACUUGAUCGAUGCCGUGGUUUAUCUCACCGCCAUGGAAAGGGACUAUUUCGGGAUGAAUGAGGAGUGGAACAAGGUUUUUGGCAGUCGCUUGUCUCUGCAACUCAGCCCCACAUGGUCGCUCAGCAUUCCGCACGAUCGAAAUCUGAUUAUGCCUCGAGAGCCUCGUCUGUCGGUCCGCGCCAAAUUGUCCUGCUUACGUUGUCGUCGCCGGAAGAAGCGCUGUGAUCGCACGCUGCCGCAAUGCGGAGACUGCAUGGCCAACCAAGCCUCGUGCAGUUUCCUCGGUGAACAGCACGAGUCAGCCUCGUACUCUGUGGCCUAUGUUAGCAGCCUCGAAGAACGACUGCGGGAGUUGGAGCAACAACGCCGAUCAGAGAUCGAGGGUCCUGCACUUGGAGCAAUGGCUUCUGAGACGCAAGGCCACUUCCCAUCGCCAUCGGUGCAGUCCAGGUCGUACCAUCGUGAUUCAGCAGUCUCGGACAAUGAACUGACCGAUGAGCAUUCAGACACAAUUGUGGCGAAUGCAGAUGUCUUCUCUAUGCCCGAAACCACGCCUGCAACAAGACCUCGAACCAGUGCUACCACGCCUGACUCAUUCAGUCCUCAAGUUCGCUCCGGGGAGACACUUGCGAGCAAUCUAAAGUCCAUUUCACUUGCAGCUGUCGCGGAGCCGUACCUCGGUGCCAUGUCUGGUUUGACAUUCGCCAAACUCACACAAGCUGUGUUACGCCGCCUGGCUCCGGACGGGGGCGACUUUGUGUUCAACCCACAGUUCGAUGGAGUGAAUUUUCCCGUCGAUGGGGUGACAACCACACACCUGGAUAUCAUGAGCAAUAUGUACUUCGAGUACGACUCGGCUGUUACAUCCUCUUGGCUCGCUGGUGACAACGCCAUGCCGAUGGCCAAGACACUCUUCCCAGUAGAGACAUCAUUUCUUCUCUCCCUCCCCGAGCGCUCUGAGGCGAUGCGACUGGCAACAUUUUAUUUCGAUCAUUCACACACUCUGUACCCCAUUGUAAGCAGAAGAGAGGUCAUGUCGGAUUUGAAUUGGGCUCUUGAGAACCCGGAUCGUCUGCCCACGCAGUCCCCGCCCAGCGCGUUCAGGAUAUGGAUGAUUCUGGCAAUAGCAUCUACAGCCCACUCAUCAAUCACGCUCAAUGAAGAGUCGACUUCGAGACAGUACUAUGAGAAGGCAAUGACCUAUUUUGAAGCGGCGAUGGACUACGGAGAUAUUGCUGCACUGGAGGCGAUCAUGUUACAGGUGUCGUACUCGUUCUUCAACCAAUUAGGCCCCAACACAUGGUUUCUUGUGGGAACAGCUGCACGUUUGGCCAUCGGCAUGGGCUUCCAUUGCGAGGCAACUUACCACGGCUUACCAAGAGAAGAUAUCGCACGACGUAAGCGGCUCUUCUUUUCGAUAUAUAUGAUGGAUAGACUGGUGUCAAUCACGCUGGGCCGACCUUUCUCGCUGCAUGAGGACGAUAUUGAUAUUAGUUCGUUCGCCAUCGAUCUGGACGAUGGCCUUGAUGCUGAUCCAGACGUCCCUCAAAGUACGCUGUGCCAACCUCCACUAGCCAUCACAGCUCAUAUACUGCGACUCCGCAAAAUUGCAAACGACAUCGCCGCCAAGGUUUACUGCAAGCGCGUCGUCGCACGAUUGACCGAGCAUCAACGACGAGAGGUCCUGACUUCUCUGCACCAAGAUUUGGUCGAGUGGCGACAAAGCGUGCCUUUCCCGCUGCCAAACCUUCACCGCUUGGUUCCCCAAGGCUGCAUGUCAUGGUAUGACUUGAACUUCUGCACACAUCUCACGGCCCUCUACAGACCAUCUCCGCUGUUUCCUACCCUGGACGUUUCAAGAGUCGCUAUCCUGGCGGAAACAUCAGCCAUGGCUGUUCGUCAUGCUUCUAGCAUGUAUAUGCAGAAGCGCCUGUCGUUCAAUUGGCUGACAAUGCUAACACUGUACAAUUCGGUCAUCGCGCUGGUAUACUCGGUCACGGUACAGCCUCAGAGCAUUGCCACGACCAUAGAACGGUCAAGUGCCAUCGAAGAUCUCGAGCUUGCGACGGACAUAUUCAAGGCGCUUGGACAAAAGUUUCCGGCUGCCAGAACUCUCGACAUGCUGGUAGCUCAAAUAAUUGAGAGGUACAAGUCUGUGAGCAGCGUCUCACUGCAUUAA